CUCUCCCCCAGCCAACCCAGCACCAUGUCCGCAACCCGCCGGCUCACAACACUACGACCACCACUGCGGCCAGCGUCGUCUCGGCCAUCGGCGCUGCUCGCGCAAGCCAGCGCUCGGCGCACACUGCUGCAGUCUGCGCCCCAGCGGCCAGACUUCCCGCUCGACGUCCCGCCCAUCUCGGCGCGCCUCAAGCCGCUCGUGCCCUUCUUCAUAGCGUGGUCCGUCAUCACCUCGCUCGCAGUGCACCUGAUGCGGGCGCGCAAGCAGGCCGAGGAGGAGCAGGCGCGCGCGGGCGCACAGGAGUCGGUGCUGACGGGGCUUGCGGACCGCUUCCGCGCCGGCGAGGACGUGAGCGACGAGGAUAUCCGGCGCGAGCUCGAGAUGGUCGGCCUGCGCGAGCGCACCGCGCUCACGCUCCCGCUAGAGGACGACGUGACGGAGCUCCGCGACGUGUCGUGGUUUGAGGUGUUCCUCGGGCGCCGGAAGAAGGCUGAGGAGGCGGCGAAGGCGGAGGGUACUGAGGUCGACGCCGCCGUGUCCGAAGCCCAGGCAGAGGCAGAGGCCGUCGUCGAGUGGUCUAAGAUUGUCAACGAGGCGACAAAGGAGCAGGCCAAGCCAGAGCCACAACAGGCCCCCGGGCGGACGGGGACAGCGAAGCGCGCAGCUUCGGCGAGCGUCUUCAUUUAGCGGAGCUGCGGCGAGCGCUACACGCGCACAUUGGCAUCUAGUCUACAUGCAUACAACAUAUCAUUGG